AUGCAAACUUUGGCGCAUGAUCGUUUAACGGUGACGGUUUUCUUUCUGAUAACUUUGCAACAUGGUUUGCAGCAGCAUACAGUUUUACGUACACAACAGCAUGGACCACAGCAGCAAUUGCAGCAUGGAUCACAACAGCAAUCAGAGCAAGGAUCACAACAAGAGCAACAACACGGAUCACAGCAUGAACUACAACAUGAUUUACAGCACGAGCCACAACCACAGCCGCAACCACAUCCACAUCCACAACCGCAACCGCAACCGCAUCCACAUCCACAGCCUGGCAUAUUAAUAGUAAUAAUGUAG